AUGCGCUCUGCUAUGUCCCGAUCGCUGUUCCAAGCAACACGAUCAUGUCAAUCCCCUUCGACGCUUCGGCCCAUCUCGCGGCUAGCGUUCUCCACGACAGCCAGUUCCCAUAGCUCCCAUCACAUCCAGACCCGGAUGCCGCCGCUACGGCCAGCUAUCAAAGGUGGCCAUCGGUUCAAGGAGUUUGAUAUGGGGGACCGUGUCUACGCCGUCACUGGCGGCGGUCGAGGACUUGGACUGGCCAUGGCAGAAGCGCUGAUGGAAGCCGGUGCCAAAGUGUGCUGUUUGGACCGUUUAGACUCCCCACACCCCGACUUCAUGAAAGCUAAAGAACACGCCGAAAACGAGUACGGUGGAAGUCUGGAGUACUACCAAAUCGACGUUCGCAACGACGCAGAGGUCAACAGCGUUUUUGCCGAGAUUGCGGGUAAGAACAAACGCCUCGACGGUAUGAUCGCUGCCGCUGGAAUCAACCACCUCCAGAGCGCCCUGGAACAUUCACAAGUGGCCAUGAACGAAGUCAUGCAGAUAAACUACAACGGCGUCUUUAACUCUGCCACGGCGGCCGCGCGGCAGAUGUUUAACUACCAGCAAAAGGGCUCUAUCCUACUGAUCGCUAGCAUGAGCGGUCUUAUUGCGAACAAGGGCAUGACCUCACCCGUCUACAAUUCAUCCAAGGCCGCCGUCAUCCAGCUAGCUCGCAGUCUGGCCAUGGAAUGGGGCCGCCAUGGCAUCCGUGUCAACAGCCUUUGCCCCGGCCAUAUUAUCACGCCCAUGGUCGAGCAGGUGUUCCAACAGAACCCGGCAUCCCGAGCCGUGUGGGAAGCAGAGAACAUGCUUGGCCGUCUAGCAUACCCGGAGGAAUUCCGAGGUGCUGCUCUCUUCGCUCUGAGUGAUGCUAGCAGUUUCAUGACUGGAAGCACGAUGCUCAUCGAUGGAGGCCACACUGCGUGGUAA